AUGUUGUUAUCCUUAUUCCAAGUUCCACUCUCGAUCCUGCAAUUUUCUCCUCUCAUGUACUCAGAAUUCUACUGGUUUUCAGUCAUGGGCAUGUCUAAUUCUGACUUGUUUCUCUCCGACAAGGAUCUAAACGCCAUGGAAUGCAACUUCUCGUCAAGAGUACCCCUGCCGGAGUAUCAAGAUGAAUGUCAAAUUGCACCUUCAGAAGAGAGAGAGCUUCACCAAGAAAUUCAACAAGGAGAAGUAGAAGAACGAGAAAAAGAAGAAAACUGUGAAAGUCUUGUGUCUUCAUUGAAGAUCAAAUUUCCUUCUGUUGGCGAAUCCAAGGUUGACGAGGAAGACGACGGGUUUCAAACUCCUAAGUCCACAGAGCAUAAAAUUAAAUCCGCAGAGAUCUGCCCACCGGCUCCAAGAAAGCCGAAGACAAUUUCAUCGACGACGCGAAAAGCAUCACGUGGAACUAGAAGAGUUCUUCUUGAUCUCACAAGUGAGGUUGAAUCAUUGUAUCCUCCGGUUCUUUUGGCAGAUCUUGGCGGUAAGAUCAAGAAAGUUAGGAAAGGGAGUGAAACACCAUAUGAUCGAUGUUAA